UAACCUACAGGAGAGAGCACCAAAAUAGCCGACAAUCUAGAACUGUUCUGUUGCUCCAUCUGUCUGGAUCUACUGAAGGAUCCGGUUACUUUUCCCUUCAGACACAGCUGUAUGCAACGUCAUCUUAGUUUGACUUCCAUCUAAACCACAUCCUCUGUAGACACAGAGUUUCACAGCCCAGUAGGAAGCCACUCCCUCAAUGAAACAGAAAAUAAUGUGACAAACUGUUGCUCGACUUUCGGGUGAAAGCAACAAAAUGGCUGACAAUCAGGAACUGUUCUGUUGCUCCAUCUGUCUGGAUCUACUGAAGGAUCCAGUGACUACUGCCUGUGGACACAGUUACUGUAUGGGCUGUAUUAAAGAAAGCUGGGAUCAGGAUGUUCUGAAAGGUGUCUACAGCUGUCCACAGUGCAGACAGACCUUCACUCCAAGGCCUACUCUGAAGAGAAACACCGUGCUGGCGGAAGUGUUGGAGAAUUUGAAAAGGGCAGAUUUCCAAGGUACCACUCCUGCACACUGUUAUGCUGAACCUGAAGAUGUGGAGUGUGAUGUCUGCACUAAGAAAAAACGCAAAGCUGUCAAGUCCUGUCUAGUGUGUCUGGCUUCUUACUGUGAGACUCAUCUCCAGCCUCACUACUAUGUGCCCCCACUAAAGAAGCAUAAGCUUGUCAAUGCAGUGACAAAUCUACAGGAGAAGAUUUGCCCUCAUCAUGACAAACUGCUAGAGGUUUACUGUCGUACCGAUCAGAAGUGUAUCUGUCUGCUGUGUGUGAUGGAUGAACAUAAAGGCCAUGAUACAGUGUCAGCUGCAGCAGAGAGGGCUGAGAAACAGCAACAGUUGGGAGAAACACAGGAGGAAGGGAAGCAGAGAGCCCAGAGGAGAGAGAAGGAGGUGCAGGAGCUGAGACAGGCUGUAGAUGCCAUUAAGGAGUCUUCAUGGGUAGCCGUGGAUGACUUUGAGAGAAUGUGUACCAUGCACGUCCUUUCAUAUAUCCGCUCCAUUGAGAGAAAGCGUUCUGAGGUGAAGGAGCAGAUCAAGGCCCAGGAGACGGCUGGAGUGAGUCAGGCUGAAGGACUUCUGAAGCAACUGGAGCAGGAGGUUUCUGAGUUAAAGAGGAGAGAUUCUGAGCUGGAGCAGCUGUCACACACAGAGGAUCACAUCCAUUUCCUCCAGAGUAUCGAUUCUCUCUGUGACCCUCCUGGACCAAAGGCAUUUCCUAGCAGUUUGGAAGCAGUGAAGAAAUUUGUCUCUGAACAGAAAGAGCGAAUGAAAAAUACAUGCAAGGAGGAAACCGACAAGAUCUUGAGUUGUCUUGAAAAAGAUUUGUUGACAAAUCCAUCUUCACCACCUGUGCAAGAGUACAGCACGAGAAGUGGAUUUUUGAAAAACUAUCGCACCAUGGAAGUGGAUCCCAACACAGCAUGUGCAACUCUCUCUCUGUCGAACAGAAACAAGGAGAUAGCAUGGAGUGACAAGGCCCAGGCCUAUUCAGACCAUCUAGACAGGUUUACUUACUAUCACCAGGCUCUGUGCAAAGAGGGUCUGUCUGAAACCUGCUACUGGGAGGUAGAGUGGAGCGGGGGGAUCGUUGAUGUGGCAGUCUCAUACAGAGGGAUCAGCAGGAAAGGUUGGGGCAAUGACUGUUGUUUUGGACACAAUGAUCAGUCCUGGAGUUUGGUCUGCUCUCCCUCCAGUUGUUCAUUCUGGCACAAUAAUAACUACAAAACCAACAUCCCUGUCCCCCGUGCCUCCAGAGUAGGAGUGUACCUGGACCACAAGGCAGGUACUCUGUCCUUCUACAGUGUCUCUGACACAAUGACCCUCCUCCACAGAGUCCAGACCACAUUCACUCAGCCCCUCUAUCCUGGGUUUGGAGUUGAUUUAGGAUCAUCUCUAAAGAUAUGCCACCUGCCAGUAUGACAAUGCUCUAACAACACUCAAACCCCUCCUAACAUGUUAUGGUCCUGGUACAGCAACCCUAGGCUUGCUCUACUGGCAUUUCUACUCACUUUAUUUUUGUUAAAUAUGCUGUGCCAGAUCCUUUUGUAAAAAGGAUUGCACUUUUAAAAAAGGAGUGCCGUUAUUUUGGUUAAGGGUUUGUAGGCAUUUCAUGUCGCAUGUGACAAAUACAAUUGUAUUUAUUUUGAUUUUUUAUUCCAUUUUAAUUUCAGCUCGUCUAUAUUAGUAGUGUCGUGGCUGAAUCAGAAUUAGUUAGGUAACAUAGAUAAAUAAGAUGUUUUAUCUUAUCCUUGUCAUUAGAAUGUCUUCUUUUGGACUAUACUGUUGGCAGUUAUCCCUUCUCAGCCAGGGCUCAGUCACUUGGGGCCAGAGAGGGGAGAGGUCAGGCUUGUCUUCAUAUGUCAAUGUAUCUGUUAAACCAUGUGAUGCUAUGAAGAAUAUCAGAAGAGGAGGAGGACAGAAUGAAGGCUUGUCUUCUUAUGGGAAUGUGUCUGUAACUAUUGUAUGUCCCUUCUGAGGAUGCCCUUAUCUUGACCUACUAUUUGACCUAAGAGACUCACUGUCUUUUCUGAGCUUGUCCAGGAGGGGGUGUAUUUGAGAUGGGAGUAUCUGGAAUUGACAAUUUAUAUAUGCCAUUGGAUGAGGUAAUGUUUUGGUCCUAAGUGGUACCAAGAACGAGAUUAGAAUCUCGUUUUAGGAGACCAAACUGAACGAUAAUUUAUAGCUAAUGCUAUCUAGCUAUGGGAUACUCCUCUUUCAAGUAAAAGGUUCUUUGUAAUGUUCCUAAGAUCGUUUGUUCGUCAUGUGAGUUGAGAGGGGUGUGUCUUGGCUAUAAAUGAUACCAAGAAUUGUUUUGUAGGGACUCUCAUUCAUUUCAAUUCAUUUAUAGACACUGAAUUGAUCUGAGAGUCAAAAAGGGCUAUGGUGAAGUUCAUAUAUAAUUAAAGAUGGACUUUAUAAUAUAACUCUGACUUGUGUGUGGUUGGCUCUCUCAUCAUUGAGUAAUACAGGAAAUUACCACGACAUUAGAUGGGCAAGCACUCCUGGCUUCAUAUGUGUUUUGAUUGUCAGAUUAAUCAAAUUAAAGUAAGAUUGGUAUGACUUUUUUUGUCCAAUACAACAGGUUAAAUGUGUAUAGUACAGUUUCGUUACUGUUUCAAGGCAUCACCUCUACCCUGUUGAGCACAUACACACACCCCACUAUAAUGCAACAACCCACCAGUUGAAGAAGGAGAGUAGCUGGUGCUGGUCGUAGCCCUGUAGUUUGUAUGGCCCCAUGGGACAGAGGAUGGCACGGAUACCCCCGAUGCCCAGGGCAGCUGCAAGCAGGCCAGUGUAGAACAGGAUGUGCUGUUCCCGGUGCUCCAUCUGGUGAAUCAUGUUGUGCGUGUCGAUGUAGAAGUCCUCGAACGGGAACGCCACCACUGGGAGCAUGGCUGUGCCUGAGGGAGGAUGGGGGAGUGGAAUCAGAAUUCCAUUAGAGGGAUUUUAUUUAGAUUGGGAAAAUGUCAAUAGUAUGGGGCAAAGUAGGGAUCUGAGAAGUAGAGAGCUCAGAAGUAAUUCAGCCCUAAUGUGUCAAUUAUUUAGAAGGGAUGAUUCAUCAAUCAAAUGUAUUUUUAUAAAUCCCUUUAUCCAACAGCAGUUGUCACAGAGUAAGACAAAUGGUGGUAGAAGUGGGUACACAUUUGAAAGUUCAGCCAUGUACUGCAUAACAUGACAGAGCUGGUAAAUACUGAAACAGAAGGAAGUUCAAUUUAGAAUUUAAGAUAAGAUAAGUCUAAGUUUUUUGCAUCAUCUAAGAUGCACGUUUUUUGUACUAAGAUGCUAGCUCCAUGAUUUUCAAAUGUCUCGAUACGACCCGUCAGACUCAGAUCAGUCCGUUUAUGAAUAACAUAACCAGUUAUAUUCCAGGAAGAUUAAGUACUUUGCCAUCGGGACAAAUUUUGUUAAAAUUUCAAACUGUCGGAAAAUCCAAACUUGCUAAAUCAAUGUAGAUAAUUGCUAACUAGCUAGCUGAGCUAGGCUAGUUGAUCUGAACCACAAAUCUAUGACAAACAAAAGGCUACUACAUGUACU